AUGCUGGAACAAAACUACUUGCUACCGUUUGCAUUCAGCAAGACUUCGUCAUUCAAUGACCACAAUAGUCUAGACACCACGCCGAGAACAAAAUCAGAAAUCGACGAAAAUGCUAGCGGCUUGUACCAUACGAGGAGAGUCCGUUUGACCACUGCCAGAGCGGUGCGGCCGCAACUUAAAGUCAAUCCGCCAUCGUUGAAGCGUCGUAUGGGGGAAAGUUUUAAUGAUAAGGACGAUGUAAAGAAAGUUGCAUUUGGAGACAAGAGCGAGGCAAAAGCUGAAAAUGACGAGGACGAGGAGGAGGCAACCAUGAUUGAUACCGAGGAAGAAUGUGAGCCCGAGGCAUUGCUUCCACCGAGUAGUCCGCCUGUUGCAGGCGAUGAACAGGCCGAGCCACAGUUCAUGUCGGAGUUUGAUUUUUUCACCAACCCAACCACAAGUUUCCAAGUUCCAAAAUCACCCAAACGGGAAAAGAUGAAAAACGUGCAAGCGCAUACGUCACCCGGAAAAGCCAUCAGCUCAGAUGCUGACUUUGGAAUCGACAGGUUCAAUCGAUAUAAAGGUAGUUUCAACGGCUCGAUCAAGCGGAGAAGCUCGGCUAAUGGCGAGGAGGGCGAGCUCGAGAUGAAUGACAAAGAGAAGGAGAAAGAACAGGAAGAGGCCGAACGAUAUAGAGCCCAGGCUUAUUCCAAGGCAAGGGAUAUAAUCAUGGACGCGUUUGAAAACACAAGGACCGUGCUAGAUUUGCAAUACCGAGGAUUGUAUCUGGUUCCUGACGAAAUCAAGGACUUGAACAAUUUGGUCAUCUUUGACAGCUUUGGAGGUGAAGAGGAAAAAUCCAUCGAAUUUCCAUACCAGCUUUAUCUUACCGGGAAUAACCUAUCCGAACUACAGCCUUCAUUGUUCAAGUUUACCAAAUUGCAAGUCUUGUCGUUACGACAGAACAAACUCGAACUCAUACCACCAUUGAUUGGCAAACUCACCAACUUGAUAGACAUAUCCCUCAGUUCCAAUCGACUUAAAUUCUUGCCAUACCAGAUCCUCAACCUCAAGAAGCUAUCAAUCGUAGUUGCAGGUCCCAACCCUUUUAUCAAGAUCCCCAGUGAUGCCAUUUUUCAUGCGAAAACAAGCAUCAACGGUGACGACGAAAUAUUUAGCUCAAGCCCCUUCCGUUUGAAAGCCAGAUCGCAGGUUAGAUUCUUGACCCACAAAAUUAGCAACGUGCCAUCUUUAAAAGCGCUGUGUCUCAAUGUCGUUGCCAACUACGAUGUUUCUUACCGCGAAACCCAAGCAUGGAAAAGGACUACCCCGAAAGUAUACCACAAGUUCAUCAGUGAAGCUAUCAAGAAGGGCAAAUUUGAAGAUAAGUGCAGCGAGUGUAAUUUCAUUCUUGUUGAACCCAUGGCUGAAGUGUUUGAGUGGUGGGACAUGUAUCAGAAUAAAGAGGUGCCGAUUCAAAGGCAGUUUUGUUCAAACAAAUGUGUCAACAAAUAUCUCACUCAAAAAGAGUAG